UUUUACUGUAGCUUACUUGGCUAAUCUGUUUACAUGUUACCCGGCCCACUGCGAGUUCAUUAUUUAGUUGUUUUGUAUGUCGUUAAACUCUGCAGACAUUAAUUUAGCCAACCACAGGGCCUCGUCUGUUUCACACCGAGAGAUAACGGUCUGCAAGCUGUAACGUUAUUGGGCUAACUUGCCUUGCUAGGUGACACCAGCUCAAAGUGCAUCCUGCAGCUCAAACUAUGGAGGUCUGAAUGAGGUCUGUGAGGUUGUAACAGCCGAGGUAUCUCUCGUGUUUCUACAGAGACGAGGAUCCUGCUGGCGUGUGUGAGCUGGAGCCAACAAAGACACAUCUACAAUGUUGUGUUGGGGCAAUGCUUCCUACGGACAGCUGGGCUUGGGUGGGAUUGAUGAGGAGAUAGUGGUGGAGCCACGAAAAUGUGAGUUCUUUCACGGGAAGCAAGUGUGUGAUGUGGGGUGUGGCCGCAGACACACCGCCUUCCUGCUGGAGGAUGGGACAGUGUACACCUGUGGCUGCAACGACCUGGGCCAGCUGGGACAUGAGAAGUCCAGAAAGAAACCAGAACAGGUUGUGGCUCUGGAUGCACAGAUCAUAGUGGCAGUGUCAUGUGGAGAGUCCCAUACACUCGCCCUGAAUGACAAAGGGCAGGUUUUCUCCUGGGGCCUGGGCUCAGAUGGGCAGCUGGGCCUAAAUAACUUUGAAGAAUGUGUUCGCGUGCCUAGAAACAUCAAGACGUUGUCAGAUGUUCAAAUUGCUCAGGUAGCCUGUGGGUACUGGCACUCCCAUGCACUUUCAAGAGGGGGCCAAGUGUUCUCCUGGGGCCAGAAUCGAUACGGACAACUUGGGAUAGGAAUAACCGGACAGAGCAUUCCCCAACCCCAAAGCAUUCAGUCUCUGCAGGGCAUUCCUUUUGCUCAGAUAUCGGCUGGUGGCGCUCACAGCUUUGCCCUCACUCUCUCAGGAGCGGUGUUCGGUUGGGGGUGCAACAAAUUCGGUCAGCUGGGUCUCAAUGAUCGCAAUGAUCGGUGUUUCCCAGCACUGCUGAAGUCGCUCAGAUCACAGAGAGUGAUUUACGUCUCCUGUGGAGAAGAUCAUACAGCAGCACUGACCAAGGAAGGAGGUGUGUUUACAUUUGGAGCAGGAGGGUACGGACAGCUCGGACAUAACUCUACAAACCACGAAAUCAACCCAAGGAAAGUGUUUGAGCUCAUGGGAAAUGUAGUCACGCAGAUUGCAUGUGGAAGGCAGCACACUUUGGCUUUCACGCCCUCGUGUGGAAAGAUGGACUCUUUUGGGCUCGGGGGUAACGGGCAACUCGGUACACGCUCCACUUGCAACAGAAAAAGCCCUGGCCCUGUCAAAUGCGCCUGGGUAGCCUCCAGUGCUCCAACAGAAAUGCAACAGAGCUGCUGUGUCAAGAGGAUUUAUGCUGGAGGAGACCAGAGCUUUUCUCACUAUUGCACUGCCAAUCAGAGCCUGCAGAACUUGGAUGACGUAAGGAUACAAGACCCCAGCAGGAGACUUUGCACCUUGAAUGAGGACAUUAUACAGAAGUGGCUGAAUCACUCACCAGGAAGAAUCCCGCUGGAAGUCUCCAAUGAGAUUGACCUCGUGUUCUCCUCAGCAAGCUGCCUCAAUGGAUCGUUUCUGUCUACGAGUCAUCCAGAUCACUACAGUACCAGCAGUAAAUGUUCAGGGGUGGAUAUGAACAUGGCUCGUCUCCUGUUACACAGAGUGAUUCAGCAAGAUCACCCAGAGAUCGCUCAGCAGAUUGCUGCAAGUCUGGAGAAGAACCUGAUUCCCAGACUAAGCAGCUCUCCUCCAGACAUUGAAGCCUUGAGACUCUACCUCACUCUCCCUGAAUGUCCUCUCUUCAGCGACAGAAAAAACUAUGUGACCAUCGCUAUCCAGUUUGCCAAAUCAAUCAUCAGCUUGAAAGAUGCUCCACUGAAAGUUCUAGGAAACUGGUGGUCCACAUUUGAACCCCCGUUCUUCCAGCGGCUGGUAGAGUUGUACAAAGAGGUGGUGGUCUAUCUGCUCCAGAUGCACAAGGUGGGCAUUCCCUCAGUAGAGCAGAGAAUUUUCACCUGUUUCCUGGAAACGUCCCUCCGACUCUUGGAGAUCCUGCACAUGGUGAGCGAGAGAGCAGGACACAUAAUACAGUACGAUAAAUUCUACAUCCAUGAGCUGGAUGACUUGAUAGACAUCAGAAAUGACUACGUCACAUGGGUUCAGAGGCAAAUGUACCCAAUGGGUCAUGAUGGCGUGGUGACUCUGUGCAGGUAUCCUUUUGUUUUUGAUGCCCAAGCAAAGACCACACUACUUCAGACUGAUGCUGUCAUACAAAUGCAGAUGGCGGUGGACCAGGCACAGAUGCAAAACUUCAGCUCCAUGUUCCUGCCCGCCGUGGAAUCUGUAAACCCAUGCCUCAUCCUCAUCGUCCGGAGGGAAAACAUUGUUGGAGACACCAUGGAAGUUCUCAGGAAGUCCAAGAAUGUUGACUACAAGAAACCACUCAAGGUGAUCUUUGUUGGAGAAGAGGCAGUCGAUGCAGGAGGUGUGAGAAAGGAAUUCUUCCUGCUGAUCAUGAAAGAGCUGCUGGAUCCCAAAUACGGCAUGUUCCGUUACCAUGAGGAGUCCAGGCUCAUCUGGUUUUCAAACAAGACCUUUGAGGACAUUGACUUGUUCAACCUAAUCGGGAUCAUCUGUGGUCUGGCCAUCUACAAUCUCACGAUAGUGGAACUCAACUUCCCGGUGGCCCUUUAUAAGAAGCUCCUGAAGAGGAAGCCGACAUUAGAUGACCUGAAAGAGCUAAUGCCAGAUGUGGGAAGGAGUCUGCAGCAGUUACUGGACUAUGCAGAAGAUGACCUUGAGGAAACCUUCUGUUUGAACUUCACAAUCACAGAAGAAAACUAUGGUGCCACAGAGGUUUUGGAACUAGUGUCUAAUGGCGAAAACAUCAAUGUUAAUAAUUCAAACCGGCAGGACUUUGUCAGUGCGUACGUAGACUACGUUUUCAACACAUCAGUGGCUCCACUAUUUGAGUGCUUCUUUGCAGGCUUCCACAAGGUGUGCGGUGGCAAAGUUUUGGAGCUUUUCCAGCCUAACGAACUGCAGGCCAUGGUGAUCGGCAACACCAACUACGACUGGACGGAGCUCGAAAAGAGUACUGAAUAUAAAGGGGAGUACUGGGCCGACCAUCCCACCAUCAGGCUUUUCUGGGAAGUGUUCCACAGUCUUCCUUUAGAAAAGAAGAAACAGUUCCUCUUGUUCCUCACAGGAAGUGAUCGCAUACCCAUCUUGGGCAUGAAAAGUCUGAAACUGGUGAUCCAGCCCACUGGCGGAGGGGAGCAUUACUUACCUGUUGCACACACCUGUUUCAACCUGCUGGACUUGCCCAAGUACACGAGUCUAGAAACACUCCGCGAGAAGCUUCUACAAGCUAUAGAUCACAAUCAAGGCUUUAACCUGGCGUGAUAGAGCACAGAUAUAACUGGAACCUCAACUCCAGACUGUUGAUGGCUACCACAUUCCCAAAUGAUGAUGUUUAGCAGACUUCUCUGAGUUCUGCUAAAGGAAAUGAACAUUGGAUGGAAAGAAGAGGUGGCCACAUGACACUACAAGUGAUUAAAAGUUGGAUGUCUUAGACGUUAAUCUUGACUUCGAUUUUUCAGCUUUUUUUUCCCUCCAUGCCAUCACAGUAUUUGUUGCGCUAUUACAAGUUGAUUCACGUUUGAUAUUGCUCUUGUAGAUAUGCUUUUAUUAAUGUUUGGAUAUGACAAGUAUGAUGAAGCAAACUACUGUUACUUACAGUACAGGGCAUGCAUACAGCAACAUAAAUACCUGUAAAAUAUAAUCAAAUGCAGUAGCCCUACCUUUCUGAAGCUUGCAAUGGAAUUUAAUGUAAUAAUGAGAUGUUUCUUUUAUGUUUAUACUGAUGAAAAAAUAUAUCAGAAGCACUUCAACCUAACCUAAGCAAACACUGUCGUCUUAGAAAUGGUCAGAUUUAAAUCAACACCUCUUUUUACAUUUUAAGCUUCACUGUGGUAGUAGUUACUCCGUGGCUACUGCAGUGAAUCAUGCAGUAUUUUGCAGGAACUAAUGAUGUUGUGUCCACUCCCUGUGCAUUAAAAUGUUUGAUUCAUUAUGUUUGACAUAAAGUUCUGUUGUGAUGUUUGAGAAAGAGCAGUGCAAAGCGUUUGCUUUAGAUGCUGAGUGGAUUUUCUUGGCUGUAAGCUUUAAAACAAUCCACAAAUAAAAACUUAAGUGCAGCCAUUGAAAUGUGAAUUACUGUUGGGAGAAACUACUGAAUGAUGAAUGGCUGAUUAGAUUUGAGUUUACAUUAUUACACUAUUUGGCUCUUUAAAAGCAAUUUGUACAUUCACCAAUCACCUUGGGACUGUGCCGAUGUACGAAGAGUUUUCAUUCAUUUUUAAUACUGUCAGUUACAAAGCUGCAUACUGUGAGCAUAUAACAGUGAUCCAUUGAAUUUACAGUAAAGGGUCAAACAUUUACAAGACAAUGCUCUUCAAAUGAUGUGAUGAUAUGGCCAAGACAAAUUCUUAAUCUACUGUGUAAUACAGAAAUAACUGAAGUCAGUGCAUUAUUUCUAGUAUUUUAUCAAAUGCUGAAAUCAAUGAAACUAGUUCAUAUUUUUGGCUUUAAUAGAUUUCCUUGCUCUUUGUCACAGCUUAAUUGAUUUUAACUUGUUAACUUAUCUGAUGAAAGAUUUCUGCACACUUCGAUCUGUGCUGUAUUCCCUUUAUUUUUGAGCUUUCGUACUGUCAGACCUUCACCAAAAGCUUAAAUGAAGUGAAU